CCUCCAAUUAAUCAAUAAUUCCUUCAAUUUUCAAGAUUUUAGACAAAAAGUGAUGCUUCGACUCAUCACAUUUUUAUUAUUUUCUUCUUUAAUUGUAAUACAAAUUCAAGCAGAUGAACACGACCAUAUUUACAAACCUGGGGAAGAAGUUGUUUUGUGGAUGAACACAGUUGGCCCUUACAGCAACAGACAAGAAACUUACAAUUAUUAUUCCCUACCUUUCUGUAAGGGAAAGAAGGAGGCAAUUGGACACUAUCACGAAACUUUGGGAGAAGCUUUAUUGGGCGUUGAUCUUCAAUUUUCUGGGCUUGAAAUAAAUUUUAAAAAAGAAUUGAAAAAAACUGUAAUUUGCACAAAAUAUAUAUCACGGGAUGAUGCUGAUGCUUUUGUUUUUGCUGUUGAACAUAAUUAUUGGUUUGUUUGUUUUAAGAGGGGUUUAAAUAAGAAGAUACGUGUGUGUGAAGGGAGAUAA